AAUAAAUACUAAACAAAAUAAAAAAUAAAAAAAGGUUCACACUAUUUAUAUGAAACAUCCUUUUCUCCACAAACCCAAGAAAAAAACCAACUCCUCAACCGCAAUGACCAAUCUCAGACCCAACAAAAUCAUCUCCAGUGCCGGAAACUUCUCGUUUCCCGUCCAAACCCGGUCGGCCAAAACCCGCCGGAAAAUCCAGGAAGACGACGACGAAUUCGAAUUCAGGUGCCUCCCGAGCCCGGGUUCUCCGGCCGACCAUUUGUUCUUCAACGGCCGGCUCCUGCCCCACGUUUUCCCGGUCGGACCACGUCACGCGUCGUUUUCCCGGUCGGCGAGCCGGGCCAGCAGGGACUCGCUGACGUCUUCGCGCAGCAACAGCACGAACAGCAGCUGCAGCAGCGCCAGGACCAGCACCAGCGAGUCAUCGUCCAAAAGGGGAAUUUCGUCGAACAGGUUGCGGGCGGGGAGGAGGAUGGGCCCGGUUUACGAUGGGGGCAGCGGCAGGUGGCGGCUGAUCGCGGCGGCGCCGGCGGCGGCAGCUCUGGGGCGCGGUGGCGGGUCGAGACGGCCGCUGAGGCCGGCGGCAGAGGCUCCGGCGGGCGGCGGGAAGGGGAGCUGGUUUGGGGGGAAGGUUUUGAAGUCGUUUGUUUCGGCGUGCAAAGAGUGUCAUGCGAUUAAGACAAACUCAUUACACCUCAAAGAAUUGGGCCAAUCAUUUGGGCGUUCAUGGAGGUAAUAAUAAAGUUAUUUUGAGGUAUGCUCGUUAAACCUUGGAAUAGAAUUGAAAUUGUUCUUCAACUUUGAGACAUUCUUG